CCCGCGCAGCUGUUGCCUGGCGGGUCUCCGUCCCUACUCCGCGCCCCGCUCCUUCCCCCUCCCCUUUUUCCUUUUUUUUUUUUUUUUUUUUUUAAAUUUCUUAUUAUUUUGGGGUUUUUUUUUUAUUAUUAUUUUUUACACCCCCUCCCAUUUUUCUCCUCCGCCCCCUCCCCGCGGCCGGUUUGCAUGCAUUGUCUGUCUCCCAAGAUGGUUUGUGAGACCAAGAUUGUGGCGGAAGAUCAUGAAUCAAUCCCGGGAUCCAAAAAAGACACGAUCAUUGUUUCCUCCUCCCAAAUGUGGCCCUCUUUGGCGGGCUCCCCGUCCUCCCCCCCACCUCCCCUCGGCUCCCCAAAAGAGGACCCCCGGCGCGACAAUGUGUAUAUCCGCGAAUUCCACCCCUCCGAGCAGGAGGUGGUGCGCCGCAUAUUUUACGAGGGUAUCAUGGAGCGGAUCCCCAAUACCGCGUUCAGGGGGCUGAAGCAGCAGCCCUUCACUCAGCUGCUUUACGGGCUGCUGGCGGUAAUAUGCUUUGUUGUGACCAAGUCCUUCCUGCUGACCUGCUGCUUGCCCAUCUUUCUGAUGGGCAUGAGGUACUACUUCAGUAGAAAAGUUAUCCUGCACUAUCUCGAUUGUGCGCUGCACACGGACAUGUCCGAUAUUGAGCAAUAUUACAUGAAACCACCAGGCUCCUGCUUCUGGGUCGCUGUCCUGGACGGCAACGUGGUGGGGAUUGUGGCGGCGCGGGGCAACGAGGAGGACAACACGGUGGAGCUGCUCCGCAUGUCCGUCGACUCCAACUACCGCGGCAAAGGGAUCGCCAAGGCCCUGGGCCGCAAAGUGCUGGAGUUCGCCAUGCUCAACAACUACUCCUCCGUUGUGCUGGGAACCACGGCCGUGAAGAUGGCAGCCCACAGGCUCUACGAGUCCUUGGGGUUCAAGCACGUGGGUGUUGUUGAACAUUACGCCCUGCCAGGCAUGACACGCUCCUUACUGGAGAGAAUGUUUUUCCAGCUCCGCUACCACCGCUACCGCCUGCAGCUGCGGGAGGAAUGAAAAAAAAAAAACACCCAACCAAAUGAAUUUUUUUUUUUUUUUCCCCCCUUUCUCCCCCUUCAAAAAGAAUAAAUUUCCCUUCUAUUUCUCAUCACUGUUGAUUUGCCAAUUUUGGGUUGAGUUGUUGUUCCCUCAUGUCACCUCUUGGUUUGCUCCGUGCAGCUCGACGGGCCGGCCGAGCAGCGCUCCUUCCUCGCAUGCUGUGGGUGGUGGUGCUGGGAGCCCCAGGCCUCUCCUUCCAGGUACCUCCGUAAAGCACAGAAACUGCGACUGCAAAAAUCCCACCCCUUGCUCCUGGUGUACAUAGUCCUCUCCUUUUCCAGACGUGAGGUCACGUAGCGACGCAUUCACGGUAGCGCAGAAGUAUUCCUUGGAUGCAGUUCUCAGUAUUUCCACGCACCAGUAAGUAGAAUUCGCCUUCGUCCUGCCGUUCUUUACUGGUCAGUAGGUCUCAAAGAAGAGGUGGGGGGCAAACCGCAGCCCCCCGGCCCCACCCCGCUUGCUGCAAUGCAUGAAGAGGACGGCGCGUCCACGCGCUCCCGCCCGCCGCGCGCUUCCCGUUCGGAUGUGCCUCGUCCUGCCAAAUGUCUUGAGAGACCCCGGGCGCAUCUGGCAGCCGCGGCUCCGUCCCUGCCCUCCUGCCUCAGCCAGCAGGGAUUGGGAGCGGCCGGACGCUGAGCCCCGUUGUACCAUAGUGUGAAGUGAAGAACCAAACCCAGAAUCUCUCCUGCGCUGUUCUGUAGCCACCUGUAACCUGCAGCCCUGGGCCAGGCUCCGCAUGUGCGUUGGACUUUCUCUUUGCUGCCUUUUUGGGGUUUCUUUUGUUUGUUUUCAUUUUAUUUUUAAGGGAGUGUCGUUAUUUUUUGUUGUUGUUGUUGAUAUUUUUAGGUUUAGCUUUUGCUGAAUGGUGUCAUUGAGGCGUAAUGGAGGCUGCAGUUCCUAUGGCAACACAUUUGCACAUUAAUGUGCCACCAAGUCUAACCACUUCAGAGAAGUAACGUGUGACAGAUAAUAGCAUUUUGGGGAGCACCGGGGUGGGGGGGGGAGCAUAUUUAUUAUCUUAACCAGCUGCUUGUUUGAUAAGUGUCGACGGCCUCACUGCAGCCUUCCAUCAAAGGUAAUUAACUGCUUUAAUGAUGUCAGAUUUGUGAAUUGUACAAUGCAAAAAGCAAUGCAAAGCAGAUUCGGCAUGUGUCUGUACCCGGUAUGUAUGUACAGUGCCUGCCAACUAAAGAAUAACCAAGACUACAGCUUCUUCUAGCCUGAGAUAUCAACUUUUAUAACUUAUUUAAACAAAUAGCAACUUUGCAUGAAUUACGUCUUGGGGAAAAAGAAGAUCAGUAGGUUUUAAUUUUUAAAACGUGGUAUCAGAAGUACAAAGAGAACCAUUUCUGGCUGCACUUAAUUUGGGGUGGGUGGAGGGGGUUCAGCUCUGUUCAUACUUUUAAAGGGAAGACCACUUUAAUUUAGUUCCUGGGGGGGGAAGUUACUACUUCAUGAAGUAUUACGUGUCUGUGUGGGGGAAAAAAACCCCAACACCUGUUGUGAUGAACUUGAUGGAAGCGUUGAGCAGGUGCGACCCACGUGCCGAUGCGGUGGGAGAGCCCGGGCAGGGAGAGGAGCUGUGGGAGGGUGGGCAGGAGGCAGGGCUGGGGGGCUGCCUGCUCCUCGCUGCUCCCAGAGCUGCCCUUCUCUCCCCAGCCCCAAGCUCUCCCAGCACUGAGGUGCUGCUGAAUGAGAGCAGCAGGGAGGGGGUUACCCCAUCUCAGCGGGGCCGUGGGCUCCAGCAGCAGGGAUGGAGGAGCAGCCCUUUCCCAGCACCCCGGGAGUGACCUCAGGGCUGGGUCCAGCCUGACAGACAAGCCAGGGGGGCAGAGUCCCAGUGUGUGUCCCAGCAAUAAGGGGGGGGAAAAACGAGGAUGGUGAAGGGCACUGUAGCAAGAGACCGUGAGUAGAAUUGACAAAAUUCCUGUAUGGGGCACUAUAUUUUUAAGUCUUUCUAUGCUGUACAUUUCUCCUGAAGCUGAAACGAUGUACUGUUGGUAGGGGGUUUUUGUAUAGUGUACAGAAAUCGGCAGAAUAUUUUCUUGCUGCAUUCAGUGAUUUAUUAACCGAAGUAAAAUAGACAAAUAUAAAGUGUUAGCAAAAGUUGAAAGAAAAAAGAAAAACAAAAAAAAAACCACACAAAAAACCACAACGGUUUGUGCCUUUUUUUAGUUUAUUUUUCUGUUGCUAUAUAAUCACUGCACUAAAACCUUUCCAGAAGGGAAAGAAGAACCAACACAACUAGUCUCUUAAUAAGGGAGGAAUGCCUAAAGCCUAAAUUGAGCAUAAUUUUUUUUUAUUGGGAUAUUUAAUUAAAAGAGUGUUGCUGGUUUUAUUUGAUACCUGUGCCUUUGUAAUAAAACUCCACAUCCUGUCAGAAAAGCCAAACCUGGAAUAAAUCCCACCAGAUCCCACAGACACAGAAGUAACAUCAAGUUACCAGUAUUUU